AUGCCCCUCUACAAAUUAUUAAAAAUAUAUGAAAAUUUAAUUUGGAAGAAAAAGCAACAAAAAAGAAUCAUUCAACAAAUUGAAAAUGCAUCACAUCUUGCUCUUGGCACUGUUUUAUCUCAACCUAAUGAUAACAGACUUGAAGAUGAUGUGGAUACUAAAAUAAAUGUUGGAUGGAGAUUUUCUGAGGCAAUGUUGGCAAAAGCAGAAAG